AUGAACACAUGGGGACAAGAAAAUUACCAGAUGGGGAUACCUCCAAUGAUGCCAUCAUCUAUUUUACCACCACCUAUGAUGAUGCAGGAAAUGAACGUGCCUCCUAUGAAACCUCCGCCUAUUCCUCUAGAUAUUAUGUCUACUACGACUGAAGACAUGAAUAUCGUGACUGACGAAAUAAGUGAUACAAAUAUCACAUACCAUGAUGCCUCUAGUAAUGAAAAACAAAACCGUCGUUCUAGGAGCCGUGACCGUUCCCAACGACGUGAUAAAGAUCGUCCAGAUCGAAGACAUCGAUCCAGAUCAAGGGAUGGCUAUGAUAGAUAUAAUAGGAAUGACAAGAGGAAUGUAGAAAGAAGUGAUAGGAAUAGGAAUGUUGAAAGGGAACGGAAAACAAAAUGGGAUAACAAUAGGGCACCAAAGAAUAAUGUGCAACAGAUUCAUUCUGGAAUUAACAUGGGAAUGAAUAUGGGUAUGAUUCCAGGUAUGAACAUGAUAUCUUUCCAAAAUAUGCUUCCCAACAUGAUAGGUCAACAAUCACUGGAUGGCACCAUGAUGCCACAGCAUCUAAUGCCAAAUAUCAUGAUGACUAACAUGAUGCCGAAUAUGUUAGACCAAAAUAUGAUGAUGAUGAACCAACAAAACAUGAUGCCAAUACCGAACCAACAGAUAUAUCUUAAAAAUGGGGUAAUGUUACCUCCGAUUCCUGGAACUGUGACUCCAGAACGACGAGAAAGACCCAAAGGUUGUCGCACAAUAUUUGUUGGUGGUCUACCAUUAAAUGUAACAAAUGAUACACUGAUGGAAAUGUUCCAAAAAUUUGGGAGUAUAGAGGAAAUUAAAUCACCUAAAAGCGGUGUUUAUUAUAUACGUUUUGAAAAACCUGAGAGUGUGGCGCCAUCUUUCUUCUUGACGGGGUAUAGAUUUAAAUUUCAUGAUCAACAUGAAAAUGAAGCUACAACGAUCUUUGUUGAUUAUGCUCUGAAUCGUGAAGAUCAGAACGAAUAUGAGCGUAAACAACGAAAUAGAGAGAAGAGCCCGCCUCGUGUGGAGCCAUUCUCACAAACAGCGCUCACAAAUUUAUCUGAAAAGAUUAAAAGUGAAACAGAAUUUGCCACCGCUGCUCCUACUUUAGCUGUAUGGCUCGAGCGUGGUGAAUGCAGUAAGAGGCACGCGAAUGCAUUCUACUCACUCAUACAAGCAAGCAACAAUCAGAUAAGAAGACUUUUCACAGAGAAAAUGCAACUAGACGAUGAUUUCCAAAACAUGAAGAAUGCUAUCAAGGAGAAAUUCGCUCACGUUGUGAUGCAGUCUCUAAAAUCCCAGUUUCUAACAGUCGAUCAGGUUGCGAAGAUACUGUCGGCGGCCAAGCAUCAACGUGUUUCCGACCAUUUCACUAAACAACAACGCAGGAACAUUGAAAUGUGGCUCAAAAUGACAGAGGAGGUAGAAAAUAUUAAGGAAGAGUUCAAUGCGCUCUUCGAUGAAGACGAAUCGGAAAGACCGGGGAAGAAUUCUGUUACAUUGGAAAAAUAUGAACAACUAAAGCAAGAAAAUGAAAAUUUAACUUACGAGUUGGAAGGCUAUAAGAAUGAAGCGUACCUAGCGAAAGGCGAAGCUGAGAGAAAAUUUGAAAAGUUCAAAGCACAUUUCAUUGCACAACAGGCUCUACAGAACAAACAGGCAUACCCAUAUCCAAACCAGUUUAAGACGGAUCUACCCUCAAAACCAACAGCCCCUACAACCACAGAAGAAAAGGUCACCACUUCUGGUUCCUCAAUAAUUUCUUCUGAAGCAAAACUCAUCAGUAUUCUAACAGCAUUCCUCUUAGUACAUCCUCUAGGUGCUUCUACAGACUAUCUAGUGUCAUACGUAAAGUCAAUGACCCCAGACGUCACACAAACACAGAUAACGACAAUAUUACAGAAGUUUCCAGAAAUUUUCCAUUGUGAGACGUCUGGUGUUGGCGCCUGUAUCGAACAUAGAUGGAUCUAUGUUACUUUUGAUAAAAUAAAGAACGAGAAGUGA